UUCCGAUAUUUAAUCCGUGAUCAUGGCGCUUGCAACAGUGCCGAAAUAUCGGAAACUCAUCAAAAUUAAUAAACAUGGUAAAUCUUCCGUCAUAAGUUCUAAUAAUAGUAUUAGUGACCAUGUCAGUUUAAAAACUUAUGUAUCGUGGAAUAUACUAAAUUAACUAAACAUCACGGUUUACUCACGUAAAUUAAUGGAGAAAAAAACUCCACUAGAGUACUAGUAAGUUCUACAGACUCCCUCUGUGACUCGAAACUAAAAAUAUUUUUUAGUUAAUGAAGAUGCAGGUAUUUCCAUUUCUACUGGCAGCUGUAGUAAUGCUGGCCGACUCUACGGAUGUACUGCCUUCCUGUAGAAAGCGCGUUUACUGCAACAGCAAGCUUCUACACCUAAUGGAAAUAAAUAGGAUCUAUGCGGGUCCUAGGGAGUACAUCAAUCUGCGCAUGAAUUAUGAUGAAAACAAAACAUUAAAUGAUUUCGAGAAAUUACUCAACUCAAGUAACAACUACCUGUCUAAGGGUCAGUUGAUAAAAUUUGCUAACAAGUACUUCUCUAAUGACAGCGGAGUAGAACCGUGGGUGCCACCAGACUUCAACACUGAUCCUGAAUUCUUGAACGACAUAGAAGAUGAAACUUUAAGAGACUUUGCCAGAAGCAUUCACAACUCCUGGCCUCGGUCAGGCGUCAAAGUCAAAGAUGACGUUGUUCAAAACCCAGAUCGUUAUAGUUUAAUUCCUAUCACUCAUGGAUUCUUCGUUCCCGGAGAACAGUUCCAGGAGAUGUAUUACUGGGAUUCUAAUUGGAUCGUCAAAGGCCUGCUAAUAAGUGGAAUGCAAGAAACUGCAAAAGGAGUCAUUGAGAAUCUUUUCGAACUAGUAGAUAAGUUAGGACAUGUACCCGCUGCAAACAGAUGGUAUUAUGAGAACAUCAGUCAGCCGCCAUUAUUGACGGAGAUGGUUGCUACUUAUUACAGUUACACUAACGAUACAGCAUUUCUCAGAAAAAAUAUUAAAUACUUGGAAAAAGAAAUCGAUUUUUGGUUAAAGGAACGAUCGAUUUACAUCAGAAAGGAUGGUAAAAAUUACAAAGUCUGUAGAUAUUUUGUUCCCAUUGCACAUCCGCGACCCUACGCAUAUUAUUCUGAUACUGAGGUGACGGAAGAUUUAAGCGAACAAGAUGGCAAAGAAUUCCUUCACAGUGCUUGGAGUACAUUUGAGAGUGGGUGGGACUUCUCAUCGCGAUGGUUUGAAGAUCCUGAGGAUACCAGUACAGCAACCCCUAGAACAGGCACGCGUACCAUGUACGUUAUUCCUGUUGACUUGAACGCAAUCAUCGCUAAUGCUCUCCAGCACAUUGCAAACUUUUACACUGAUUUGAUGAAUACGCAAAAGGCACAAGCAUACGCACAGUCAGCGCAACGAAUGAAGGCCACCAUUCAGUCAGUGUUCUGGAAUGAAGAAGAUGGAAUAUGGUACGACUAUGAUCUUAGAAAAAAUACACAUCGAAAAUAUUUUUACACUUCUAAUUUCGCACCUCUGUGGCAGUCUGCUGUGGCAUCGGAUUUUGUGAAAGCUAAAGGGGAGAUGAUUAUAGAGUAUCUUAAGGAUUCCAAUGCUUUAGAUUACGCUGGGGGAGUGCCUAAUUCAAUGAUAGAUUCUGGAGAAGUAUGGGACCUCCCUAACGUACAUCCUCCAUCUGUUAGUAUUAUGGUAAACGCUCUUGAAUCUAUAGGGACUGACGAAGCGAAGAAUAUGGCUUUUAACAUUGCGGAAAAAUAUAUUAGGGCUUGUUACGUGAGCUUUAAGAAGUGCAAAUAUAUGUGUCACAAAUAUAAUGUAAAUAGAAUUGGUGAAUGUGGUAUUGGUGGUAUUUCGCCAACACAGGUUGGUUUCGGCUGGACCAGCAGUUUGGCGUUAGAACUUUUAAUGAAAUAUAAUAAAAAUAUAAAUGCCAGCGAUUUUAUUGACCAGUUUGCCAAUACAGAAUCAGAAAAUUUUCACUGCGAAAGCCCGAACAAUAGCGUAGGAAUUGGAUUCGGAGUAAUCAACUGCAUUAUAACUUUUAUGAUAAGUUUAAAUAAUAUAUCAAACUAACAGACCCGGCAACUUUGUACCGCGUUCUCUAGUUUUAGCGGGUCUAACGAACAGCAAUUAAAUUUAAUUAAGUUUUAUAUACUUGUAGAGAAUAGUGCUUACCUAUUUUUUACUUCCAAGUACGGUCGUAUCUUUGUACUUUUAAUUUUCUUCAUUUGGUAUGAAUGGACGAUAUAAGUAAAAGUAUCCUGAUGUUAAUACAUUAUAUCUACUUACCUACUAUGACAACGGUUGUGUUUGUGUGACCAAUGGUUAUCAGCGAUUGUGAAUGUUACAGAUGAAAGUACACAUGUACUAUAUUGUUGGAUUUUAAAGUUGUUACCUGAUAAUGGAUUAGUUGAAAUAAAUGCUUUGACUUUGA